GCGCACCUGUGAGGUUUUAUAUCCAGACUCAUCCAGGCUUGUACAUGGCGUCUUAUCUCAUGUUCUUAGCCACUUACAUCGCACUGUCCUGCUGUGGAGAGCUGAGGAGGCAGUUUCCUUGGAAUAUCAUUUUGUUGGUUCUCUUUACUUUGAGCAUGGCCUCCAUGAUGGGAUUUGUGUCGAGCUAUUACAACACCAAAUCAGUGGUUCUGUGUCUGGGAAUCACAUCUCUGGUGUGUCUUUCUGUCACCAUCUUCAGCUUCCAGAGCAAGAUUGACGUCACAUCCUUUCAGGGCGUCCUGUUUUCUAUGUGCAUGGUCAUGCUUCUCUGUGCCAUCACCCUCUCCAUCGUCGUCCCUUUUGGAUACGUUCCCUGGUUACAUGCCCUUUAUGCGGUGGGAGGAGCCAUUCUCUUCACUGUGUUCCUGGCAUUUGACACCCAGAUGCUGUUGGGGAACAAGCGCUACACCAUAAGUCCAGAGGAAUAUAUUUUUGCCACCCUCAGCCUCUACCUGGACAUCAUCUACCUGUUCAGCUUCCUGUUACAGAUCAUAGGAGGAGGCCGCGAGUAAAGCAUUUCUCUGAUACUGUACAUCUGUCUCUCAGCUCAACUCUUAACAAACUCAACAACCAACUUGGAUGUAUUACCCUCAUGAACAAGAUGACAUCAGGGCAAUACAGUUUUUCAUGAAUCACUAUUUUGAAGUUUUUUACCCCUUAUGUAAUUUUGUCCAUACUAUCCUGCCCUGACAUAGCUUACACUUGGCUGAUAUCUCACUGUAGUUGUUCGCUCUCAUCUCUGUGUACUGUAUGUGUUUUUGUAUUGCUCCAGGGUCUACUGUGACCCCACCAUCCAACAGUGUGUGUUUAAAAAGUCAAUAUGCUUAUAAGUGGACAACACACCAAAAACGUAAGUUAAGUAUGACCUGAUUAUCCAUCAUUGAGCCAAAAAGGUAGCCUGACAAGCCAGACCCACAUCAAGAUGUUGGGUCUGGGAACUCACCAUUGGCAGGGCUCAA